ACUCCUGUUGCGGCUGUUUCCGCGAGUUGGACUCCGGUGGCAUCGCAGGCAUGGUGCAUUGCAGUUGCGUGUUGUUCAGAAAGUAUGGAAAUUUCAUCGAUAACCUGAGACUCUUCACCAAAGGAGGCAGUGGUGGAAUGGGUUAUCCGCGUUUAGGUGGAGAAGGUGGAAAAGGUGGUGAUGUCUGGGUUGUAGCCCAUAAAAAAAUGACUUUAAAACAACUUAAAGACAAAUAUCCUCAGAAACGGUUUGUGGCUGGAGUGGGAGCAAACAGUCGAGUUAGUGCACUAAAAGGCUCCAAAGGAAAAGACUGUGAAAUCCCUGUACCUGUGGGUAUUUCAAUAACUGAUGAAAACGGUAAAAUUAUAGGAGAACUCAAUAAAGAGGAAGACAGAAUUUUAGUCGCUGAAGGAGGUCUUGGUGGUAAACUGCUUACAAAUUUUUUACCAUUGAAAGGCCAGAAACGAAUAAUUCACCUUGAUCUAAAACUUAUAGCUGAUAUAGGCCUAGUUGGAUUCCCAAAUGCUGGAAAAUCUUCUUUGCUAAGUCGAGUUUCUCAUGCAAAACCUGAAAUUGCAGAUUAUGCAUUUACAACACUAAAGCCUGAACUUGGAAAGAUUAUAUACAAUGAUUUCAAACAGAUAUCAGUAGCUGAUCUUCCAGGUUUAAUAGAAGGAGCACAUAUGAACAAAGGAAUGGGCCACAAAUUCCUUAAGCAUGUCGAAAGAACUAGACAACUCCUUUUUGUUGUUGAUAUUUCUGGAUUUCAGCUUUCUUCAAAAACUCAUUAUAGAACUGCUUUUGAAACCAUAAUACUGCUUACAAAAGAGUUGGAGUUGUACAAAGAGGAACUUCAGACAAAACCUGCACUCUUGGCAGUUAACAAAAUGGACUUGCCAGAUGCCCAGGAUAAAUUUCAUCAACUGUUGAAGCAACUCCAGAAUCCUAAAGAUUUUCUUCAUUUAUUUGAACAAAACAUGAUUCCAGAGAGGACUAUAGAGUUCCAACAUAUCAUCCCCAUCUCAGCAAUGACUGGAGAAGGAAUUGAAGAAUUAAAGAACUGUGUAAGAGAAUCACUGGAUGAACAUGCCAACCAGGAAAAUGAUGCAUAUCGUAAGAAACAAUUGUUUAAUUUAGAGAUUUCCAAUACAAUAUCUUACAGUAGACCACCAUCGAAGCAUGCUGCUAUCAGUUCCAAAAUGGAUAUAAUUUAAAUCUAUUAAAAAUGGUACUGAUAGAAUACUAUUUGACCCUAAAAAUAAAUGAAGGAAAGCCUGCCAUUUACGACAACAUAGAUGAACCUGGAGUCAUUAUGCUAGGUGAAGAAGUGAUACAGUGAAAAACAAAUAUUGUAUAAUGUCCUAUGUGACACCCAGAAACCUUGAACUCAUAUAAGCACAGAGUAGGAUGGUGAUUGGGAGCUGGGAGCAAGGGUGGUUUGGGAGAUGUUAGUCAAAGAAUACCAAAUUCCAGGUAAGAAGAGAAAUAAGUUUUGAGACCUGUUGGGUUGUCAGAAAAGUCAUGAUGCAUUUUUACAUAGAAAAACAGAAAAAUAUGACAUGACUUUUCCAGUGACCCAAUUUUAUACAGGAUGGUAUCUAGUUAAUAAAAACAUAUUUAUUCUAUUUUGAAAAUUGUUAAGAAGGUGGAUUUUAAGUGUUCUCACCACAAAAACUAGGUAUGUGAGGUAAUGCAUGUGUUAAAUAGCUUGAUUGAACCAUUCCAUAAUGUAUACAUAUUUCAAAACAUCAUGUUGUAUAAAUAUAUAUAAUUUUUAUGUGUUCAUAAAAAUGGUAU